AUGGGCUUCAAGGUCAUCAUCGCUGGAGGCAGUGUCUCUGGACUGUCUCUGGCGAACAUGCUGGAAAAGUUCAACAUUGACUACGUCCUCCUCGAAGCUUACCCCCAGAUCGCGCCCCAGGUCGGCGCAAGUAUCGGACUGUUGUCCAACGGCUUCCGCAUCCUCGAUCAGUUUGGCUGUUACGAGCCUAUUCGUGACAUUGCGGGAGACUUCUACCUGAAGGCUAGUAUUCGCGGAUCUGAUGGCAGGGUAAAAUCAGAAAACUCGCGUGCCUCCACUCACCACCUGGAAAACCGACUCGGAUACCCCUCCAUCUUCAUCGAUAGGCAGAUCCUUCUCCAGGUCCUGUACGACAACCUGCAACACAAGGAGAAGGUCCUCACGAAGAAGAGAGUUUCUCGAGUUGAUCUUGUCAAGGGUGGUGUCCAGGUUCACACCGACGACGGAUCCGUCUAUGAGGGAGACAUUAUUGUUGGCGCAGAUGGAAUCCACAGCGCCGUCAGAGAGGAGAUGUGGCGCAUCGGAAAGGAAGAGACGCCCGGAUACUUCCCCGAAGAUGAACAGUCUAGAGUUCCCGUCGACACGAAAUGCAUCUUUGGCAUCUCCAAGCGCCCCACAGAUCUGCCACCGUACACACAACAAAUGGUGCACCAAGGAGGCCGAAGCUACCUGAUUGUGCACGCGCCCGGCAACAGAACGUAUUGGUUCUUGUUCAAGGGCACCGGCAAGACCAUUUACGGCAAGGAUAUUCCUCGAUACUCUGAGGAUGACAAGGAGAAGUUGGCGAGUGAGCACAAGGACGACAAAGUCUACGACGACUUGACCUUCGGUGCCAUCUACAAGAACCGCAUCAUGUCGACCCUGGUACCUCUCGAGGAGUACGUGUUCGAGAAGUGGCAUUACAAGAGGAUCAUCACCAUCGGUGAUGCAAGCCACAAGAUCGAUCCCAUCUCCGGUCAAGGCGGCAACGGCGCCAUCGAAGCCGCAGCCCUCCUCAUCAACGCCCUCACCAACAUGCUUGAGAAGAACCCCAAGAGCCCAACGGAGGAGGACAUCAGCAACGCCUUCGCUUACGUCCACGAGAAGCGCCACGCCAGAGCAAAGGCCUUGGUCGCCAGCGCUCACAACCUCCAGAUGAUCCUGACCGGCAGAUCACCCCUUUCCACCAUCGUCGUCAACGUUCUCAUGCCCAUCCUCGGUGAGGAGAGCUUCCUCAAGACCAUCACCCCGAUCGCCACAGCCAGCCACCACAUUGAGAGACUCCCUCUCCCGAAGAGACCCCGUCUCAUUCCUUACAAUGAUGAGCUCCCGGCCAGGCCUAUCGAGAGCAAGGCGACCUGGGCACCUUUCGUUCUGUCUGCGGGAGUCCUGGGUGCGUUGUUGUACCAAGCAGCGUCGCCAGCGCACAUUGCGAACGUCGUCCGUUCAUUCCAGGCACUGCCGGCUCUGCUGAAUGGUGCAGCAAGCAACUCCAGCCUUGUUGCUUCAUUCGCAGCACCUGCGGCUGAGAAUACGGCGCAGACUAUCCAGCUCCGAGCCAACCUUCUCUCUGCUCUCACGAUGUGGUUUGUAGAAGGUAGCCGCGUUGGUAACAAGAUUGCCGUUCUGUCUUGGCCCGCAACCGCCGUCGCCGCGUACACCAUCCUCGGCCCCAAGGCCGUCAUGCCUGCGUUCAGCUUGGCAACGCUUCUUCUGGGCGCCAACAACAUCCCCGGCCGCCACGUUCCCACCAACAUCGCCAAGUCAAUCCUGCCUGCCGUCGUCACAGGCUACGGCAUCCCCAUGGUCCUGGCAUCCCUGCCCAUUCAGAACCCCCAACUUCGUCAAGCCGCCAACGUCGUCGCCACCGCGGCCCCUCUUCUCAGCGCGGCACUCCUUAAGCUGAUCCCCAACGCGAUCAAGACCGUUAAGAACCUCAUCAACCCGCCCAAGCCCGACGUCGAGGUCAAGGAGGAAGAGACGGAGGAAUUCCUCGACAUGUACCAGAAGAAGGACGUUGCGCCGCUGAAGUCCACCUACGCUUUCACUGCGGGUGUCUGCGCAGUGGCCCAUAUUGUUGGUGCCAUCUACACCAACUUCGAGAACCCUUCCACAGUUGGAGCUGCGGGUCUGCUUACUGGCAGCAGCGCAUUGUUUGGGUUGGCCUCUGUGACCCUGUCCUCUUACCUGACUUGGGACCUGAGGACACAGGGAUAUCUGACCAACAAACAAACCCUCAUUGCCGGUCUGGCCAACCUCGCUAGCAACGUCUUGCUCGGCCCGGGAGCCGCUUUCUCUGGCUUCUUCUACUGGCGCGAGAACGUCAUUUCCAGCCUCGGUGACACAUUUCCUUGA